UGCUGGACACGCACUGGACACACGUCUGGGUGCUCUUAGCCUUAUCUUUAUAUAUUUUAUUCAUUAUUAUCCUUUCAAUAAAUAAACAUUUACUGCAUCGCACCUACAACUGUCAAGUACUCAAGACUCAUCUGGCCCUCAAUUAAUAAUCAAAUUGCCGAAGACGAGAGUAAGUCACUAGUGACAGUCGUAAGCAACAGGAUAUCUGGCGAUGGAUCCUGCAGAUAGUGCCAGUAGACGGCAAGCAACUAGAGUAUUCAAAAAAUCUAGUCUUAAUCGUAAAAUAAAAGUUUACUUGGGCAAACGUGAUUUUGUUGAUCAUAUGACACACGUCGAUCCUAUUGAUGGUGUGGUUGUGAUUGAUACCGAUCACGUAAAGGACCGUAAAGUCUUUGGACAUGUAUUGGCAGCUUUCAGAUAUGGAAGAGAAGAUCUUGAGGUGCUUGGAUUAUCCAACAGGAAAGAUCUUUAUUUAGCAGCGGAACAAAUUUAUCCGGUCACUGGAAAUCCGCGACAAUUGACGCAGCUGCAAGAGAAAUUGGUUAAUAAAUUAGGUAGCAAUACGUAUCCAUUUUAUUUUGAAUUACCACCGCACUGUCCCGCCUCGGUGACACUGCAACCGGCUCCUGGUGAUGAAGGCAAACCCUGUGGGAUUGAUUACGAGUUGAAAGUGUAUGUUGCUGACUCACAGGAUGACAAGCCACACGAAAAGGAUAUCGUAAGACUGGCUAUCAGAAAAAUAAUGUAUGCACCAUCGCAGCAGGGCGAACAGCCGUCAGUGGAAGUCAGCAGGAGGUUUUUAUUUUCCCCGAACAAACUCUAUCUGGAAGUAUCACUGGACAAAGAACUUUAUCAUCACGGUGAAAAUAUCGCGGUGAAUGUUCACAUAGCCAACAAUAGCAACCGAACGGUCAAAAAAAUAAACGUGUCAGUGAAACAGAUUGCUGAUAUAUGUGUGUUUGCAACAGCACACUACAAGUGCACGGUCGCUGAAACCGAGAGCGAACAAGGGUGUACAGUCGGACCGGGUUUUACUCUGAGCAAAGUCUUCACUCUGACGCCGCUUCUUGCCAACAACAGACACAGAUGGGCCCUAGCAGUCGACGGUCAACUGAAACACGAGGACACUAAUUUAGCAUCCAGCACACUUAUCGUUGAUAAUUCGCAACGUGAAAAUCUUGGAAUCAUCGUGCAGUACAAAGUUAAAGUUAAAUUGUACCUCGGAGCAUUGGGAGGUUUGUUUUGUAGUGAAGUAAAGGCGGAAUUGCCGUUUAUUUUAAUGCAUCCAAAGCCCGAAGAAGAGACACCGGCACCUUCGACAGCCAAAUCGAGUCCUACGAAUCGUCCAGAGAAUGGUGAAGUUACAAAUGACACUAAUCUCAUUCAGUUGGAUACCGAUGACAAUGCGGGGGACGACGACCUAGUAUUUGAAGAUUUCGCACGUCGACGUCUGAAAAAUGAAACCGAUACCUGAUCAUACAACGCUAAUACUCAGGUAGAAAAACUAAAGAUAGAAAUGUCAAUUUCUAGAUUUUAUGUUACUUGAGUAGGAACAUUUACUAAAUUAGUAGAUUUUUUAAUUAUGAAUAAUAAAAACUAUUUAAUUAAACGAAUGCAUUGAAGCCUAGUUAACAAACAUCGACAACAGAAAGCGCAAGAACAAGGAAGCUCUCUAUGUCAGAUGAAUAGUUUUGUUUAUUGUCAACCAACACGACUGAUUUUUUUUUUAAAAACACUGGUAACGAUCAAUUACGCUUAUUAACAUAUUCUUUUUCUGUACACACACAACGUGCAGUGACAACCAACAAAAUAAAUUGCUUUUUAUUUUAAAGCUAUCAAGCUACUGGCGCACAUUACUCCAUUGAGUUUAUUACAAAUCUCUUUAUAUAUUUUAUUUCUUGUACAUUAUGUAGAUUAUUUUUGUCCACUGACGUUCUUGUCAUACGACAAGACACACAAAUAUUUAAUUUAUUUAAAGUUUAGGAAAGAAAAGUCGAGUUUUUUUUUUAUUUUAAUUAUUUUUUACAAAUUAUUUAAAUCCUAUAAUUAUUUAAAUGCGCGCGCACGUAAAACUUUUAUUUUUUUUAUCAAAGUAAAUUAAUCAUUAGCAUUUGGAAUUGUUUAAGUAUUUGAGGAUGAAAAAUAAACUUGUAUUAAAGUAAAAGACCUAGUACCUGAUCAGGGAACUAGUACUCGACCUCUCCAUGCAAUUGUAUAUAUAUAUAUAUAUAUUUAGUAAAAUUUAGUAAAUAUAGAUAUACAAAUACAUGAGUGAUCGGGUACUAGUUCCCUGAUCGGGUACUGGGUCUCUUACCUUAUAAGAUUUUUUUAUUAUUUGUCUUAUAAAAAAAAAAAUUUCUACCUCAUAUUUAUUUUUGAAUAUUACUAUGGUUCUAAUCCAUUAAAUAUUUUAAAUUAUUUAGCAUAAUGCUGCAUUAUUAUUACAAUGAGAAUGCAUUGAGUCUAAAAGUUUAUAUAAAUAUUUCUACUAAUAUUAUAAAUAUAUAUAGAUAAUUAUGAAAAAAGAGAUUAUCAACGCAUUUGUUACAUACAUUAGUCAUUUAUGCUGUUAAUCUACAACAGCACAAGUCCAUUUUAAAAAAUCAUCGACUAUUUAUUAAAACUAAAUUACUAAUAACCAUUAACUUUUUUGAAUUCAAAUAAUCAUUUAUCUUCUUACGGCCUCUCAAUUUAUAGUUUUGUUAAAAAAAUUAAAUGAGAUUUAAAUUUUAUUUUAAAAAUAAUUGAGAUUAUUAAUAAAGGGCAUAUUUACAGCAACGAAUGUUUAUAAAUAUUUAAUUUCUAGAUAGAAUUAAAAUAUGUUAAUAUUUCUCUAUAUAUUUAUUAAUGAAAUAUGUGUUCAUGUUUAUUAAUUUAAAUAAAAUAAAUAUAUAAAUUAAUUAAUUAUCAUAAAAUAUAAUUAAAAAAUAAUUAAACGCUUCUUACUGACUAAUGUAAAUAUGUAAAAGUUAUAUAUAUUUAAUUUAUGACUAACGAGUGUCAAAUUAAUUAAUUAAAAAAGUUUCCCUUUUAAAACUAUGUUACCUAAUUAAUACAAAAGAAAUUUUAAGCCAAAAGUCUAAUGAGAUUAUUUGUUUUUUUUAAAUAUUAUUUAAUAUCAAUUUGACUGAACCACCAAAUUGUCUUCAAAAUAUUCAAUGUAACUAAAAAAAAAUUUACAAAAAUUUCGACAACGAUUUUAUAAAAAUUAUGACAAUUUAUUGAUUUGACAUCACCAGGUUCUAUUGACAUCUUGCAUUUAACAUAAAACGUAAAUUGUCAGUCCAGUAAAUGCUAAUAAAUUUAUCAGUAGUAUACUAAUUUCUCAUUCUUAUAUUUAUUGCUGUUGUUUAUUUAAAAAAAAAAUGACAGAGUGGAUUGACAAUUUCAGUUUUUAAAUACAACUGCACUAUUGUCUAAAAUAAAGGCGCACAUUUGGAAUACACUUUUUACAAACUAAUAUAUUAUAUAAAAUAUAAAAUAAUAAGUAUUUAUACAUUUAAGUUAUAUUUUAUUUUAUGACGUUAAUUAAAUUUAUAAAAUGUAUAAAUAUUAUUUUAUUUAUUAUUAAUAAAUAUGUGUAAAAAAUAUAUAUAUAUAUGUAUAAAUUAUGUAUUCUUAUAUUAUAUAAUAAUUUAAUAAAUACAUUACACUAAA